AUGGUCUACUUAACUUUGCAGAAAUCCCAGAAGAUCUUGGCAAGCUCCCGACAAGUACAUAAAACUGCCACUCAUGUGGUGGCCAGCAGUGCACCAGAGGAGACCGUGACCAGCAGUUUUGCCUCCUUCAUCCAUGGAGUUCAACCUAAACACUUGUCCAAGGCUGUCUGUCACAGAAGCAAGAGGAUGAUCCUUGACAGCAUUGGGGUUGGCCUUGUGGGCAGCAGGACGCAUGUGUUCAAUAUUGCUCUGCAGUAUUGCCGGGAACUGUAUUCCUCAGCAGCUGUGAGCUCUGUCUAUGGAAAACCAGGCAUAAAGCUCUCCCCAACACUUGCAGCAUUUACCAACGGAGUUGCGACUCACUCCAUGGAUUUUGAUGACACCUGGCACCCUGCUACUCACCCUUCAGGAGCUGUUCUGCCUGCCCUCCUGGCAGCUUCCCAGAUGCUACCUCCAAGCACGAAACCCAAUGGCCUGGAUUUCUUGCUGGCUUUUAAUGUGGGUCUAGAAGUUCAAGGAAGGCUCAUGCACUUCUCCAGUGAGGCUCACAACAUUCCUAAAAGGUUCCAUCCUCCUUCUGUAGUUGGUACCAUGGGCAGUGCAGCUGCCACCGCAAAACUGCUCUCUCUCAGCACAGCCCAGUGCACACACGCCUUGGGCAUAGCUGCUUCAUUUGCAGGGGCCCCGAUGGCAAAUGCUGCCACCCAAGCCAAGCCACUGCAUAUGGGAAACGCAACUCGCCUGGGCUUCGAAGCGGCACUGCUGGCUGCCCGAGGGAUGGAGGCCAGCCCUUUCAUUCUGGAUAGUAUCCCUGGAUGCUCUGGAUUUAGUGCGUUCUACAGCGUCUAUGAACCCAAACCACUUGCUGUACCAAGUGACCACCAUGAAUUCCUCCUGGAGAAGCAGGAUAUUGCUUUCAAGCGAUUCCCAGCCCACCUGGGGAUGCACUGGGUGGUUGAUGCUGCCCUGUCUGUCCGGAACCUAUUCAUCAACUAUGCAGGCUGUUUCUCUUCCUCUUUGAUCCGCACCAUUGUGCUGAAGGUCCCAGUAUCAAAGUACAUUAAUAGGCCUUCCCCAAGCUCUGAACACGAGGCCAGACACUCGUUCCAGUUCAAUGCCUGUGUUGCCUUGCUGGACGGUGAAGUGAGCCUUAGCUCCUUCACAGAAAACAGCAUCCACCGGCAGGAAUUGAGGGAGCUGCUGGACAAAGUGGUGGUAGAGCAUCCUGAAGAUAACGUGGCCAAUUUCGACAAGAUGUAUGGAGAGGUAGCACUGCUUCUGCAUAGCGGGGAUGUCCUGACAGGCAAAUGUGACACUUUCUAUGGUCACUGGAGGAAUCCUCUGAGCAGAGAAUCACUCCUGAAGAAAUUUCGAUCCAAUGCCUCUUAUGUGCUCUCAGAUGAAAAAAUAGAAGCCAUCAUCGCUACAGUAGACAACCUGGAGAAUCUGUCAGAUAGUUCCCAGCUGGCCUGUACCUUGUGA